AUGAUAACUAGUUCAAGAAACUGUAUUAGACAACUUGCAACAAGACAAGUUAGAUAUUUAACUACUUCAUCUACACCAAAACCAAUUCCACAAUUUUUCCAAGGUAUUUCAUCUACACCAACCAAUACUAUUUUAAAUUUUGUUCCACAACAACAACAAUGGGUUAUUGAAAGAAUGGGUAAAUAUAAUCGUACAGUUAAAGAAGGUCCACAUUUAAUUAUUCCAAUUUUUGAAAAAAUUAGAUCAGUUCAUUCAAUUAAAGAAUCGGUUUUAGAAAUUCAACCACAUAAUUGUAUAACUAUAGAUCAAAAGGAUUUAAUUAUUGAUGGUGUUGCAUUUAUUAAAAUUCUUGAUACUUUUAAAGCUACUUAUAAUAUCGAUGAUGUUGAUUUUGCCAUUAAUGAAUUAUGUCAAACUAGAAUGAGAACAGAAAUUGGUAAUUUGAAAUUUGAUGAUGUUGUUAAGAAUAGAAAUGAAUUGAAUGAAAAAAUUAAAGAUUUUAUAAAUAGUGCUAGUUUGGAAAAUUGGGGUGUGGAAUGUAUAAGAUAUGAAAUUAAAGACAUUUCAAAGAUUUAA